GCUUGUGAUUCUUAUAAAUGGGAGACGGGAAUGGUUUCCACUGUUGAAGAAAAUUCAUUUUUAUGCUUAUUUUCCAUGUUUAUGAGAACAUGUAAACCUUUUUUAGGUCUGGCUGUGCGAGAAAGGAAUGGGUUUGGGGCCUUUUGCUGUUUAUGACCUGAAGGGUCAUUUAGGCCCUAAAACCAUGAGAAACAGGGGCUGAGGGUUUAAUAAACCAGAGUGUUUCUUUCCUUCUCCCAUUUGGUGGAAAAGUACAGCUGUCUCAACAUGUGAUCUUUUGACCUUGAGUGCCUUGAAGAGGGUAUAAAGGCAGAUGACUGCCCUCCCCUUUUGUCGCACUCUGCAGAAACCUGUGUCUGUAUGACUGUUGACCUUCUUUGCAAAGAAUAAAACCUUUUAUUAACUAAGAGUGAGUUUGUCUCUUAUGCUGAUGAGAGUCAGUUAAAAUUGCCCCGACACCACCUAUACUUACACUUAGAAAUUUAAGUUUGAGCUGCUGCCUUAAUUUUAAGUAAAACUUAUUUUGUACCUGUCAUUUGACCUAAAUUAUAUAAUAAUGACUUCAGAUGAGUUGAAUUUCGCAUACAGUAUCUCACAGAAGUGAGUACAUCCCUCACAUUUUAAAAAAUAUUUUAUUAUAUCUUUUCAUGUGACAACACUGAAGAAAUGACACUUUGCUACAAUGUAAAGUAGUGAGUGUACAGCUUGUAUAACAGUGUAAAUUUGCUGUCCCCUCAAAAUAACUCAACACAGCCAUUAAUGUCUAAACCGCUGGCCACAAAAGUGAGUACACCCCUAAGUGAAAAUGUCCAAAUUGGGCCCAUUUUCUCUCCCCGGUGUCAUGUGACUCAUUAGUGUUACAAGGUCUCAGGUGUGAAUGGGGAGCAGGUGUGUUAAAUUUGGUGUUUAAAAGGAUAGGUUCCACUCAGAACAGGCCUCACCAUGGUCGACCAAAGAAUUUGAGUCCAUGUACUCAAUGUUAUAUCCAGAGGUUGUGUUUUGGAAAUAGACGUGUGAGUGCUGCCAGCAUUGCUGCAGAGGUUGAAGGGGUGGGGGGUCAGCCUGUCAGUGCUCAGACCAUACGUAUGGCGUUAUUUUUUUGUCAAAAGUUAUGAGCGUGUAAGACAUGUUCACGAGCACAUUAUGUUAUUUCACACGUGCAAAAAUGAACCUUCAGCUGGCAUGAUAAAAGUACUCGCGCACAAAUUCAACAACCGAGAGGUGUACAGGUAGCUGCGCGCGAGCGCCUGGCAUACUCUCAUAGGUUAACUCUGCUUGUACAGUGGAAUCCUGCUUGCGCGCAGCGGGCUUCUGCUCGCGGAGUGCUGUUUUGCUGGCGCAGUGGAUUUCUGCUCGCUCAGCUGAUUUCUGCUCCCUCGAGUCUACAUGACUUUUGACAAUUUGGGGGCGGAACCAAGGGAGGGCACUGACUCUCUUAUGAUUGGUCAACUUUCAUCGUAAUCACACCCACAGGGACAUCCUUGUACCUUGAUUGACAGCUCUCAUUACAGGAAGCACGGAGUUGGGUUAAGUUACCACCGAAGAAGAGUGGGAAUGAAUUAGAAUGAUUUGCGAACGAUGAAGCCUACGUUUUGUUAACUCAUCUUGCCGUUUAUAGAUGUAAGAAAAAAUGGCGGACGCAAAAGAGGAGGACGAUUUGCGCAAUAUGGCCCUCAAUUUGGUGGCCAGGCUGAGUGCUACAUUGAAUAAUCCAACACCAAACAGUGUUUCCCUGGACUAUUUAAAGAUAAGCAGAAGUGUAGGCCUCCUUCGCGAUUGUCUAAAAAAAGGUCAGGCACCAAAACAACGCCAAUCCAAUUCUUUCUUCUGGACAGCCCAACAGAGAGAACCCCCAAACCUUCUGAUGAGCUAAUGCUUUUACAAGCUGGGUUAGGAAGAAGGACUGUAAAUGUUCCAGAGGAUGCUUGCCAUAAUGAGAUUACACACAUUCUUUCUGAGACGUAUCCAAAGAUGUCAGAACUGGAGGGUGCCUGGAUGCUGCACAAAGCCAUGGGAGGAUCAGGUCAACGGAAACUCAACUUGUUGACACCUGAAGAGGAAGGAUACACAGGGGCCAGCCUUGUAAAGAGCUGGGGAGGCAAGGGCUGUCUCUACAUUAUGCCCAUCCAGAACACACUGGACAUUUCUCCCCUACCCUUCACAGCUCUGGAGUUCCAGGCCAUGCCGAAAGCCCAGUGUGUGUCAUGCCAGGAGUAUGUGCCUCUGCAGCUCCUCGGUCUCCAUGUCAAUACAUGUAUCCAGUCUAAAGUCAAGGUUGAGACCCACUGUGAUGAUGACAUUAUCAACUUGGAUGACGAAGUGGCAUCUGGUGAUGUGCAGCCAUCACAUUUGGAGAGUAAGGUUGCUUGUCCAUUGUGCAGUCAACUAUUUACAAAAGACGACAUCUAUGUGCAUGCAAGUGUCUGCGGGGAGAGCAACACAAAUGAGGGAGAUGCAGAUAUUAGUGAGGACACCAAUGAGCACUUCGGCAGCGUAUCAGACAUCCUGAUGUCACUUGAAAAGAAAGUUGACACAUCCCGGUCAUUCAACAUCAAUGUGACAAGAGAGGACCUGUUUCAAAGGGGGCUGAAACAGUGGGCCAGACAAAAACAGGCCUCCCCAAAGAAUCUCCUCAGUGUCUCCUUCAUUGGAGAAAAUGGAAUAGACGCUCUUCGUAAAGAGUUCCUUACCGGAGAUGGGGAAAGGGGCAAAAACCCUAAAUACAGUAUCUGUGACUACCAGGACAACAGUUUCAAGACUUGUGGGGAGAUUUUUGCCACAAGUUUGGUGCAGGGGGGUCCUGCACCAAACUUCCUUACAAGAUGGUGCUACCAUUUCUUGUGCCAUGGGGAGAUGGACAAGGAUGUUGGUGUACUUGAAGUCACUGAUCAGGAUAUUAAAAAUCUGAUGACAGAGGUGGAAAAUGCAGAAGGUGGAGAAAGGCUGAUAGACUUAUCAGAUGCGAUUGUGGCAUGUGGCUACACUGGGCCAAUAAAUGUUGACCAAAAAAAGGCCAUCACAGAUGCCAUCGCUUUGCAUGCACUGGUGAGGCUGAUCCCGAUCUUGAACCAGCUGCGUGAGGGAUUGAGGCUCUACGGAUUAGAUGAGGUGUUAGCACAGCACACCCAGAUGUGCCAGCAGCUCUUUGUCCCCGGCCACUUACAGGAAGUGAAUGUAGACUUCCUUCUGCUUGCGCUAUCUCCUGAUUUCAGUGAGGAAGGGUCUAUGAGACGGCAGCGAGAGAUGGAAGGUCAAAGUCACGUGGCAGCUGUGCACGGAACAAAUGGUGGGGGGAAGCGCCUGUCAGUCCGGAGCUUCAUUCAGUGGGUCACAGGUCAGGCACAUGUUCCACUGAUCGAAUCCAAGAGAGAGGCAUUCAAGAUAACUGUUAAUUUUGAUCAUGACUGCGACUCCCGCUAUGGGGCACAUAGCCUUUGUUACCCCAUUGUCAAUGCUUGUGCUGUUGCCAUUACAUUUCCUACACGCCACUUAGCCACCUCCCAAGAGUUUGAAAACAACCUAACCGAGGCAAUCUGUGGUGGUUACGAGUUCAGCGGACACUAAAGUAGCAUUUUAAGGUCCUUGUUACUUGUUUUAGUUACUUGGUAACUUUGUUACC